AUGGGCUCUUCCAAAGGUGUGAGUUUCAAUCCAAGUCGGGAUAUUCCAGAUCUGUCUGGAAAAGUAAUCCUCGUGACUGGCGGCAACAGUGGUCUUGGAGAAGAGUCUAUUCUGCAGCUCGCGAAACACAAGCCAGCCAAGAUCUUCAUGGGAGCUCGAAGUGAAGCGAAAGCCAACGAGGCGAUCAACAAGAUCAGGAAAAUCAUCCAGGACGCAAACAUCGUCUUUCUCGAGAUGGACCUAGCCUCGUUUGCAUCUGUGAAGAAAGCAACCCAACAAGUCCUAGCCACGACUGACAGGCUUGAUAUCCUCAUGAAUAACGCUGGCAUCAUGGCCACUCCGGCAGCUGUCACCACAGAUGGGUACGAGAUCCAAUUCGGUACAAACCACAUGGGUCAUGCCCUCCUAAACAAGUUAUUACUACCACUUCUGGAGAAAACUGCUGCUGAGCCCAACAGUGACGUAAGGAUUGUCACCCUGAGCUCUGUCGCCCAUACCAUGGCUCCAAAAGAAGGUGUGGUCUUUUCCGAAGUUACCUCACCUAUGGAGUCUACCAGUAGCUGGACCCGUUAUGGUCAAUCUAAGCUCGCAAACAUCUACUUCACCGCGCAAAUGGCGAAACUAUAUCCGAAGAUCAAGUCUGUCAGCGUUCAUCCGGGUGUUGUGAGCACUAACCUCGCCGUUUCUGGCCCGUCACAGACGUAUAAGUUGCUCAGACCUUUAUUCUACUUCUUGAACCGAUACUUGUUCACCUCUGUCGGGAAAGGAGCUCUUAAUCAACUCUGGGCCGCUACCGGAAAGAGGGAGGACAUCAAGCAAGGUGGCUUCUACUACCCCGUGGGAGUAGAAUACAAGGCCAGUCUGCUUGUUACAGAUACAGAGUUUGCGGGGCAUCUCUGGGAAUUCACUGAGAGGGAGCUCCAAGAUCAUGGUUACUGA